CAUACAGAACUGUCAACAGCGCGAGUUUCGGGAAAUCCCUAACGCAAAAAAACAGGGACAAAAUGGCUUCUUCCAAGGCCAAGAAAAAAGAAGCCGCCAGAAAGUUCAUGUCGAAGGAUUAUAGCCAGGAUGGUUAUAUGGUAGGAGCGAUAAUUCGGAUCAAAAUGGUGAAUUUUGUGACAUACGACUGCUGUGAGGUGUUUCCUGGUCCCCAUCUGAACAUGAUCAUGGGCCCUAAUGGUACCGGUAAAUCCACCGUGGUGUGUGCCAUGUGCCUAGGUCUUAACGGCAGCACUAAUCUACUGGGUAGAGCCAAGGAGAUUGGUGAGUUUGUGAAGAGAGGAACAAACAAGGCAGUCAUUGAGCUGGAGUUGUAUAACACACACGUUGACAAAUAUGGAAACCGGAAGAAUGAUGUUCUCAGACGGGAGAUCACGCGACAGGGAAACCGCUCCGUUUUCAUCAGGAACAACCUACCGAUAAAGAACAGGGAAGUGACACAGUUUGUUCGUGAGCAGAACAUACAGAUCACCAAUCUUUGUCAGUUUCUCCCCCAGGAGAAGGUCGUUGAGUUCUCACACAUGAAUAACAUCGAGCUACUGGAACGAACUGAAGAAUCUAUCGGUUCACAAGGUCUGUACGACGAUCACCAGACCCUGAAGGCUUGUCGCAACACGGAGAAGGAGCUGCACCAACAUCUGAAAGACAAGUCGGAUCAUCUGGAGAAGCUAAAGCAGCAGAAUGAACGUGUAGAGAGGGAUGUAAGGCGCUUCAAGGAGAGACAGAAGACUCUGGAAACAAUCGAAACCUUGGAGAAGAAGAAAGUCUGGAUGCAAUAUGACGACAAGAGGGUUCUCUUCAAUAAAGUGAAGAUGGAGAAGAAGAAAGCAGAGGAGGCGCUUGCACAGAUGAAACGUCGUGCGGAUCCGCUGGAAAGGGAGCUACAGGCGGCUGUCAAAACCUCGAAACAGCUAGACCAACAAAAGAAAAAUCUAUCUGCAGGUAUUACUGAACAGGAGAAAUUGAUCAAGACCAAGAGAGACGAGCUGGGUGAACAGAAAGGCCUCAUAGCGGAACUCCAUGAGGAACUACGGGACAAGAGGACACAGGAGCAAAAGAGACUCAAAGCGAUUCAUGAUGGGAAAGAACAGGUGGCAGGAUAUGAGAGAGAAUUGGAUCAGCUUGAACCAGAUGAAGAUAUCAGACCCCAACUGGAAGAAAAUAUCGGAGAGAUCAACAGGGUUUCCCAAGAAAAGACCACCAUUGAGGGCAAGUGCAGCACCCUUGCAGAAGAGAGAUCAGCUCUGAAGAAAGAAAUCAGAGGAUAUCAGGAUCGUCUGAAGAGGUUGAACGAUCGCCGCGAUCAGAGACUACGAGCCCUUAAAACCAGGUCACCCGACACUUACAACGCUGUCCUUUGGCUUCGUUCCAAUGCAGACAAGUUCAAGAAGACCAUACACGAACCCAUUGCACUUGUGCUGAACAUAGAGAACAAAGACCAUGCUAAGUUCAUAGAGAGAUCCAUCCCGUUUCAGGACAUGCUGGCUUUUGUGUGCGAGGACUCCCAGGAUCAGGAUAAGUUCAUUAAUGAGAUUCGUGAAGGACAGAACCUGAGAGUGAGCGUAGUGAAGAGUCCUGCAGAUCCUUCUGAGAGUUACACUGCCCAAAGACCUAUUCAGCAAUUAGGAUUUGGAUUCUAUGCAUACCUGAAGGACCUUGUGACUGCACCCAAUGCCGUGAUGGCCUACCUCUGCAAGCUUCAUAAGCUUCAUAACAUUCCUCUCGGAGAUGAGAACACAGAACGUAAUGUUGACAAGGUGAUCCAACAUGCUCAAGUGAACAAGUUCUACACACCCAAGUACCAGUACACCAUCAAGCAGAGUCGCUAUGGAAACAAGAACAAGUCAUCAUUGAGCAGUCAGGUUCCACCGGCCAAGAUACUCGGUCAGACUAUGGAUGAUAUGCAGGAGAAGAGGGAUCUUGAAAAGUUAAUUCAGGAAAAAGAGCAUUAUGUGCAAGAACUGGAGCAGGAGUAUGCCAAGUUAGAAAGACAACAUAAGAGUUUGGAUGCUAAGCUGGAGCAGAUCAAGGAGGCUAGAGCACAACUCAAGAAGAGAAUGAAUCAGAGAAGAACUAUCAUCCAAAACAUCAAAGCUACAACUGAUAAGAUCAAGAAAAAGGAGAGUAUGAAAAUCGACUUGGAAGCUGAGAAGAGGAAAGUAGAACAGAAGAUCCAACAAAUCAAUAGAAAGAAGCUCACCAUACUCAAGAAGAUCCAUGACUUCAACAAGGUAUGCCUGGAAAAGUCCAUGCAGAGAGUUACAUUGAGUCUCCAGCAGGUAGCAGCAGAGAAGGCCAAGAAACAAUGUGAGGAGAACAUCAGCGAAACAAAGAAUGAGAUCGGUAUCCAAGAGAACUUAUGCCAAGAAUUGACCGUUGAGACUGACCAAGUGAAGAAGGAUGCUAAGCAGUUAUUAGCUCUAGCGAGGGACAAGACAGGCAGUGAUAAACCAUCUGAUCAGCUCAAGAAAUCGUUUGAGCAGUACCCUAAUGAUAUUGAGGAGGUGGAAGAUCUGAUAUACAAGGAGAAGGCACAGGCUGAUUGUCAGUUCCCUACAGAUGAGGGAGUGGUCAGGGAUUAUGAAAAGAGAAAGAAGGAGAUAAGAAUUGUUGAAGCUGAGGUUCUUAAGGAGGAAGAAGAGGUUAGUAAUCAUAAAGCCCGGAUAGACAAUCUGAAGGAGACAUGGUUGGGGGAGCUUACCGGACUGGUGGGAAAGAUCAACUCCAAGUUCUCAAAGUUCUUCUCUACCAUGGGCUGUGCUGGUGAAGUCGAUCUCUUCUGCCCAAAUGAGGAGGAUUAUGACAAGUAUGAGAUGAGGAUCAAGGUGAAGUUCCGUCGAAACGAGCAGCUCCAGCUUCUGACCUCUACGUACCAGAGCGGAGGAGAGCGCAGUGUAGCUACCGUUCUCUAUCUGAUGGCCCUCCAGGAGCUCAACAAGUGUCCCUUCAGAGUGGUGGAUGAGAUUAACCAGGGUAUGGAUCCCAGCAAUGAGAGGAAGGUGUUUGAGUUUGUGGUAGAGACAGCAUGCAGGGAGAAUACAUCGCAGUACUUCCUUAUCACACCCAAGCUGCUACCAGACCUGAAGUAUGGCCCCAGGAUGAAAGUGCUCUGUGUGUACAACUCUCACUGGAUGCUGUCUCAUGAGCAAUGGAACAUUAGGAAGUUUAUCAGAAGAAAGGAGAAGGUAAACGAGGAGGCUCAAGACAAUUGAAAGGUUUCCUCGUCUAAAACUUUCAUUUGAUAUGAACUAUGAACUACCCCUGAAAGUUUAGAGUUGGGAGCAACUGCUGAGGAGAAUAAAAUUUGAUGAAAGUCAUUUUGUUUCUACUACUCCCUACUUGAUGCUAUCUUUUGAGAACGGGAGCACCUUGAAGUUUGUUCUUAGAACUGUUGCAUAGGGACUGGAGUAUAAAGGGUUUUUUUCAGUUAAAUGAAAUACACCUGUUAUCACUCAUUAGAUGCAGCUCCUUCAUUUCGACAUUCAAAUGACUUUCAUACAAAAAUGUUCAGAGUAUCUUUUUCAGAGACCAACUUUUGUCACUUUUAUUGAAAGUAUUGAUAGUAUUUUACAGCAGCUGAAUGAAUGUGUGCCUUUCUUUUUGUACCAGAAAUGUAAAAAUGUCUGAUCGUCCUUAAUAAGGAUUGUUCAGAAGGGUUAUAGAAAAAAAAAAAAUCUUACAUGUCUUGUGCUCUUGGAGAAAAGGCUAACACCUAAAUGUUACUCUUAAAUAACCCCAGUGUAAGAAAUAUUAAUGUAUUCAGAGAUUUUCCUUGAGCUUUUUGUAACACUGUGAUUAACAACAGGAUAGCUGAGCACUAUUCUCAUUGAAGAUUUAUGUUUGUAUGGACUGACAUAUGCUUUUUAAGUAGCCCUAAAAGUUGACAGUGAUUAUAGAUUGAGAGAAGUGAUCUGGGAUAAAUUUUCCAACACAUUCCAUUUCCAAUCAAGCAUGUGUCCGAAUUGGUUUUGAAUUGUCAUAACUUUGGCAAGAAACAGUGGUGUUAAGAGGGCAAUGUAACAUUUCAUCUAAAAUGUACACUGGUAAACUAAAAUGGGUUAUGCAAAAAAUGCUUCAGGUUUGCACAGAACCAUGAAACAAAUUAUAUCCAAUGGUGUGAUUCUCCCCUUGUAGCGACUUAUGUUUGCAUUCUCAAGACCAUACCAUAUUACCUGUUACAGAGUUGGAAGAUAGAAUCCUAAAGCACCCCCCCCCCCCCCCCCCUCUAUGAUAUGUUCCAUGAUUGAGGUUACUUUACUAAGCACUCUGCGCUUAUGAAUAUGAGCCCUCUUUGAACUUAAACUAAUUAAGCUUUAACUUGGUUUGUUGUCCUCACUGAGCUCCAAAGCUUGCUGUAAAUAUGUUAUGUACAUGUAAAAAUUAUAGGUUUUUUCAGUACUGUAGAUUUAGUGUACUAGUGUUGUUUCUCUUGUGAUGUUUUUGUUGA